AAUGUUUAAACUAAAAUAAGCAUCAAAAGAAAAUGUGUUUCUGACUGGGCUAAGGGUUUUCUCCCUAUUGUAACAAAAAUUAUAAGGGUUUCCUCCCUACGCAGCCACCACCACUAUCACGGCCGCUUCGCCGCCGCCACCACCAUAACCACCACCACUGCUUCGCCACCUAGCCUUCAUCCGCCUGUAUCGGAGCGCCUCCUUCAAGAACGGGUCUCAAUUAUAUUCAAUUGAGACUGAUUUCAUGAAAGCACAGCUCCAAUGAGUGAUCCUCCAGCUAAAUCGCGUGCCCAGCCGGACGAAGAUUCGCCGGUAAGCCUCCCUGAUGAACUUAUUACUGAAGUUCUUUCCUUUGCCGAUGCAAAGACUCUUAUGCAAAUGCGAUGCGUAUCCAAGUUUUGGAAUUUUAUUGUUUCUGAUCCUAAAUUUGUGAAACUUCACUUUAAGCGUUCUGCGCGAAACCCUCACCUGACUCUAUUUUUGAGUAAAUCCCACCUUGAUGGGGAUAACAAUGUUGUACCCUUCUCUGUAAGUCGGUUGAUCGAGAACCCACUGAUCACCCUUCCAAAUAACCCUUAUUAUCGAUUAAGGGACAAGGAGUGCCGCUUUGUUAUUGGUUCUUGCAAUGGAUGGCUUUGUUUACUUGGUUAUUCUUGUCUCUCUGACUACAGACAGAUCUGGUUCCGUUUCUGGAACCCUGCCACAGGUAAAAUGUCCCAAAAAUUAGGGUACAUGUGGGAUCAUAUGUUGGGCCUGUAUACUCAUUUUAAGUUUGCGUUUGGUUAUGAUAAUUUAUCGGAGACUUAUAAGAUUGUGUUGUCAAUUUUGGAUGAAGCUGCAAAUAGAACUAAUGUGCGAGUUUUAAGUGUGGGUGAUAAUAAUUGGAGGGCUAUUCAAAGUUUUCCUGCUGUUUCUCUUCCUUUCCGCUAUAGUAAUCCUGGUGUGAAUGAUGGUGUGUAUUUGAAUGGUAGUCUUAAUUGGUUAGCUCUUCGCUGUUACUUUCAAUCUAAUGGUGCUUAUGGUUGGAAGAGUAUUAAUGUUAGGCAGUUUGUGAUUAUUUCACUUGAUCUGGGGACGGAGACCUACAGACACUUGAUGCCUCCUUAUGGUUUUGAUGCAUUGUCACCUGUAGAGCCAUCUAUAUGUAUAUUGAUGGACUGUCUUUGCUUUUCUCAUGAUGAUAAGAGAACUCAUUUUGUUAUAUGGAAGAUGGAAGAAUUUGGAGUUGAAGAGUCUUGGGCUCAACUUCUUAGAAUCAGUUACCAGGAUCUUCAGAGUGUGCAUCAUGACGUUGUUGACUUGCAAUAUUCUCAAUGGUUGCCAUUGCACCUUUCUGAUCAUGCCAAUACACUGAUAUUGGCUAACAACCAAGAAAGGCAGGCAAUUCUAUAUAAUAUAAGAGACAAUAGAGCAGUGCGAACUAGAAUUACCGAUGAAAUACAAUGGUUCUCCGCUAAGGUCCACAUCGAAAGCUUGUUUUCUGACAUUUUGGAACUUCAGGCACUUCAACCCUAAUUAAUGGUACAUUCUGGGAUGGUGGGAGAAAAAGAAGUAAGAAGCUUAUUUGGAGCUACAGUUACAGUACUCGUUUUGUACCAGACAUUUAUGGCCCUCUUGAUGUCUUUCGUUUAGGUUUCUUCGAAAACAUUUGAAGCAACUCACUGCUUAAUAGUUGUUCUGUUUUACAACUCUUCUCCUGCCUGUUUGUUUAGAAGCAGGCAUCUAUCUAGCUCUUUCAAGUUUUUGUUUGAUUAUAAUAAUUCAUCAGACACUUGGAACAUGGUGGUCCAUGGCGCUAAACUUCAAUGUUCACAUUAAAGGUCAAGUGAGAACCGGAGUGAGAGCUUUCGGUUUGGGUGGCAAUGCUUUGAUAAAUUUUAUUAGUUUUCUCUUGGUCUCUUCAGUUGCACUAUAUUUGUCCCCGGGUGGCUGGUGGUGUGUAUUGGAUGGAUGCUCUUAACUGGUUGGCCAUUUACAAUAAUUUCAGAUGAUGUGGAGUUGAGAAGUCUUAGACUCAAGGGUUGUCAGUGCACUUUUCUGAAAAUGGAGAUACAUUGAUAUUGGCAAACAAUCUAGAAGACCAAGCAAGUCUCUAUGAUUGGAAAGUAAAUAGAGUAGCGAGAACUAUACUUACUAAUAAAAUAUGUUGGCUCUUUUCCAAGUAUUUUGUUCAAACUUCGGUUUCUUCUUUCUGAAAAAGCAACUCCUUUUUUACUCGUCAGUUUGCAAAAGUUGGAAAAAGUGUUACCCUAAGUUCAACUUCAAUUGAAAUAUGCCCUUAAUUUUACACUAGUCAGUGAUAAAAGGCUUCUAGAUUUUUUGGUUGCAGUUCACAUGCUUUCCCCCCUUGAUAGCAUCAACCUGAAAUGCAAGAGUAGAUACUCCAUUGAAUUCAUAAUGACUCUGCAAUGAAUCAAAAUUCCAGAACCUUUACCCUCUUGGCUUUAUUUUCAUUCACUAAAACUACACAUGGCUAGUUUCCUCACAAUUUCACAAAGACAAAGAUAACUUUUUUUUUUUAAUAAUUUAAAUGGCACAUGACUCAACUCAUUAUAUUAAAGCUUUGCAAACCAAUUAAAUUGUGCAUUCUUUUUAAUAACACCUCCUUAUCUUCAUGUAAGCACAUUUAUCAUGUGUGGUUGUGUAGGGACAUAAGGUGCAGGAGUGCAGGUUCGGAGGGCAGGUUCGAACCCAUGAUGUUUCACUUGUUUAUCUUUAAUUUCAGUCAUUAGACUACUUAUAAAAAAAAUACACAUUUACUGUUUUAUACUCUAUUUUAACAUGAAUGUUGCUAUGCUUCAAAAACAAAAAGGUGUUGUUAUAGUUAUAAGAAAAAAGGUUAUUUUAUUGCAUUU